UUUCGUUUCAGCGGAGACACAAGAAAUAUAGUCUGCCAUUCCCGAAAAGCAGAUAAACAGAGGUUCUGCAACCGUUAAAUAGGCGUACAAUAAUAUAACUUAGUAAAUCGCAGUUAGGAAUCCCGCGCUUUUUUACCGUUCCCGAAAAAACCAAACAACAAUCCGACAGACAAGCUAGUUGUCUAGUAAUUACGCAAAAAUUCCAUCACCCACACAGACGCACGAGCUGCAGAAAGAAACGGAAAGUGAAGUAGAAAUCAUAUAGAGAGAAAAAGAGCAAAGACAUGACUUCCGAUAUCGCCAUGCAAUUGAUUGCCAUUUUGGAGAAGACGGUGUCGCCAGACAAAAAUGAACUGCUAUCGGCGAAGAACUUUCUGGAGCAGGCGGCGGCCAGCAACCUACCCGAGUUUCUCAAGGCGCUAUCAGAGAUCCUGGUGAACACGACCAACAGCGCAGUGGCGCGAAUGGCAGCCGGUCUCCAGCUGAAGAACCACCUGACCAGCAAGGACGAGAAGGUCAGCCAACAGUACCAGGAGCGCUGGCAUCAGUUUCCCAGCGAGAUCCGCGAGUUGAUCAAGAAUAACAUCCUGGCUGCUUUGGGUACCGAGAACACCCGGCCCUCCUGCGCAGCCCAGUGCGUGGCCUAUGUGGCCGUAAUCGAGCUGCCGAUAAACCGCUGGCCCAUACUCAUCCAGACACUGGUGAACAAGGUGGUCAGCGAUGGAUCCAGCGAGAUGCAUCGCGAGUCGGCGUUGGAGGCCAUUGGCUACAUUUGCCAGGACAUUCGUUUCGGCGUCAUGGAGAACCAGUCUAACGAGGUGCUGACUGCUAUUAUUCACGGCAUGCGAAAGGUAGAGCCGAGCAAUCAUGUACGCUUGGCGGCCACCACGGCUCUUCACAACUCGUUGGAGUUCACCAAAUCGAACUUUGAGAAGGACAUGGAGCGCAACUUCAUCAUGGAGGUGGUGUGCGAGGCCACUCAGUGCCAGGACUCGCAAAUCUGCGUCGCCGCUCUGCAGUGUCUGGUGAAAAUUAUGACCCUUUACUACCAGUACAUGGAGCCCUACAUGGCACAGGCUCUCUUCCCUAUUACUUUGGCGGCCAUGAAGUCUGAUAACGAUGCUGUAGCGCUGCAGGGCAUAGAGUUCUGGUCGAACGUCUGCGAUGAGGAGAUAGAUCUGGCCAUCGAAAGCCAGGAGGCCACUGAUCAGGGCCGCGCUCCGCAGAGAGUGUCCAAGCACUAUGCUCGCGGUGCUCUGCAGUUCGUGACGCCGGUGCUCGUCGAGAAACUAACCAAGCAGGACGAGUGCGAUGACGAGGACACCUGGAGCCCGGCGAAGGCCGCCUCCGUUUGCCUCAUGGUGCUGGCCACCUGUUGCGAGGACGAGAUCGUGCCCCAUGUGCUUCCCUUCAUCAAGGAGAACAUCGAGUCACCUAAUUGGCGAUUCCGCGACGCAGCGGUGAUGACUUUCGGCUCCGUGCUGAAUGGAUUGGAGACCAAUACCUUAAAGCCGCUCGUGGAGCAGGCCAUGCCCACGCUCAUUCGACUGAUGUACGACUCCAGCGUUAUCGUGCGCGAUACCAUCGCCUGGACAUUCGGACGCAUUUGCGAUAUAAUUCCCGAGGCGGCUAUCAACGAGACAUAUCUUCAAACGCUUCUGGAGUGCUUCGUGAAGAGCCUGAAGUCGGAGCCCCGUGUAGCGGCCAACGUGUGCUGGGCCUUCAUUGGCCUUUCCGAUGCCGCUUGCGAGGCCGCGGUCACCAACGAGGGAGAGACUCCGGAGACGUACGCCCUGUCCCCGUACUUUGAGUACAUCAUUACCCAGCUGCUGGAGACCACUGACCGAUCGGACGGAGCUCAAGCCAAUUUGCGGUGUGCGGCUUAUCAGGCACUAAUGGAUAUGAUCAAGAACUCUCCCUUGGAUUGCUACUUGGUGGUCCAGCGCACCACACUGGUGAUUUUGGAGCGUUUGAACCAAGUGAUGCAGAUGGAAACGCAGAUUAACAAUCACAGCGAUCGUAAUCAGUUCAACGACCUACAAUCGCUUCUGUGCGCCACUCUGCAAAGCGUUUUAAGAAAGGUCCACGAGCAGGAUGCUCCUCAAAUUUCCGAUGCCAUCAUGACCGCUCUGCUGACCAUGUUCACUUCAAGUGCUGGAAAGUCGGGUGUAGUGCAGGAGGAGGCCUUCCUUGCCGUUUCGACACUGGUUGAACUUUUGGGAGCUCAGUUUGCCAAGUACUUACCCGCUUUCAAGGACUUCCUCGUCAUGGGUCUAAAGAACUUCCAGGAGUACCAGGUCUGCUGCGCAGCAAUUGGUCUCACCGGCGACAUUUUCCGCGCCCUUAAGGACCUAAUGGUGCCAUACGCCAACGAAAUUAUGACCGUAUUGAUUAACAAUCUUACGGAGCCGACUAUCCAUCGAACCGUCAAGCCGCAGGUUCUGUCUGCUUUCGGGGAUAUUGCGUUGAGCAUAGGCAGCCACUUCCUGCCAUACUUGAGCAUGGUCCUAGACAUGUUGCGCGUUGCGUCCAAUCUGCAGACGGACGCCAACAAUUUCGAUAUGAACGAAUACAUCAGCGAGCUGCGUGAAAGCAUCCUUGAAGCCUACACUGGCAUCAUCCAGGGCCUUAAGGGCGUUGACCAGACUGCCCAUCCAGACGUUAUGCACAUGGAGCCCCACCUGAUGCACAUUAUUUCGUUCAUCAAGCGCAUCGCUCAGGAGGGCGACGUGUCCGACUCGAUGUUGGCCAGUGCCGCUGGCUUCAUUGGCGAUCUGUGCACUUCGUUUGGUCCGCGGCUAUACCCGCUGCUGGAUGAUGCCAUCAUUACCCAAUUCCUUGCCGAGGGCAAGCGCUCCAAGGCGCAGCGCACCAAGAUGCUGUGCACCUGGGCCGUCAAAGAGAUCAAAAAAAUCAAUACCCAGGUCAUCACGCAGUAGGCCGCCUGCUAGAGGUUAAUGUUUCUCAGCUUCCCACCAGACCCUCAAGAUUGUGUGUAAUGCAGUCAAAGUGUCCAGUCUGAAUUCUCUGAUUAAAAGAAUCUAUCUGCUAAGUUUGUUUGUCCGAUCUAUUGUUGCUGUGCAACUUCUAAAUGCUAAGACCACUUGUUUAUAAAACUCCUCCCCACUAGCUGUAAGCGCAAUUCGAUCCACUGUUUCGACUCAAUAUUUUAAUUAAGGUCUGUUAAUAUUCGUGUGAGUUUAAUUAUCCCUUACAUAUGCCUAUUGUCCUCGCUCGGUAAUGCAGAUCCCAAAACGAACUACCCAUUGAUUAGAGCGCUUCGCAAUUGAUAGUUCCUGCUGUACAUUCUUACAAGCCGGCUUUGAUGGCAGUUUAGUUUUGGGUAGGCUACGGCAACCAGCGCUUUGUUAACCCGAUUUUAAGCAUUACCAAAUUAUGUUACUCAAAUUAUGUAAAAUUCAAAAUUACUUAUAAAAAUCGGUAGAAAAUAAUUGAUUUGAUAAGAACAAAUACAUUGAAUGCAUUGCUGCCCCUUUGGAAACAUUAACUUGUAGCGGAUUUAAGAGCCACACUUUAGGAUCUAAGAACUCAUGUAUCUACCCACUAGCCCACUAGCGCAACAAAAAAAAAUAUAUUCUAAGAAUGAAUGUGUGAACCAAACCGAACCGAAUGUGAUGGAGUGAACCAUAUGGCUGAGAGCGAGUAUGUACCACCUAGACUUUAUAAGAUGCGUGCCUGUGGUCCGACCCCUACCCCCAUGCCAAUAGUUAUGCUGUGAUGGAUGCUUGCGAGGAACUGUGUCUAUGUACGUGGUAUUUUGAUUGCGACCAACCCCCCGAAAUGUUUGGCGCGCGUGUGCAUCGGCGUGUUGUGUGAUAUUAUGGAUUAAGCGUAAGAACUUUUCUAGUGAAACGAAUGAUUUUAGACAUAAGCGAAACCAAACAGCAAUUCAAAAAGAUUUUAAACGGACUUGAAUUUAAAUUUACAAGCAAACGAAACGAAUGAAAACAAACCGAAACUAAACUAAACUAAAUGUAAAACACUGAAAAGAUGACUGAAAACGAAACCCAAACUAGAAACUAAAACGAAUUACGAAUACGAAAUGACUUAGGGACGUACAAAGGCGUCGGCGUGGCUGUUUAGAAGACCCAGAUCCUAACUUACUUUAAAGACAGAACCCCACAUUUAAGUCAGCCUCGCUCGAAGCCCACGGAAGCACGAACUUUGCAAAUUAUUUUACUUUUUUUGUGUGUAUACGAUUUAGUGUGCUCUCAUUAAUUCCAACCAAUGACGCUUAGUUGGCCCCUCAUUUUACAUUUUGUAGUUACCUUAAAUGGGGAGAACAGCAACGAGAAACAAAAAAAACAGCAAAACAACAACCAAGCAACUACCUGCAGCACACACGCAAUACUUGUAUAAUUAAUAUAUUUAUUAGGUAAACGCAACUACUAAAACUAAAUGCGCAACGGACCAGGGUAUACAAAAACAUAACUACUUACAAAAAAACGCAGAGUUGCUGGAAAAUUUAUAGCAACCAAUCCAAGAGCUUCUUAAAGUGUGUUUUUUAAAUAUUUCACUGAAUGUUUCGAUCGAAACUAUUUUCCAGCAUUCUUUUGAUGCCUUGGGAGGAGGAGAGAUUCGAAGUUGCUGCAAAUUCUCUGGCAACCUGCAAACCAUAAGAUACAUAGAGAUAUAGAACGCAUAAAGACAAGACCACGUGACAGCUUGAUAGGACAAACAGCGAUACACACUUGAUUUAGUUGUUUUAUCAUAUACAAACCAUACAAAAACAUAACCAGAAACUACCUUACGAAAAAGACGCGACUGUGAACUAUGAGAAGAGUAAAUGGAGGAUACAAAUGAAGUCGAAAGCAACCGUUUAAAAUCUUUUCACAACUUUAGAUUACAAUGCGAACACGUGAAAACCAGAAUGAAGUGAACUAUUGUGAACUACUAGUUUAUAUAUAAGCGCACAUUGUAACCAAGUGUUGGUAAAUUAUGUUUGAAUCUCGUCUAGAAGUCUUCGAAUGAAUUCUAAGGCUCAUCAAGUUGCCAUUUCAAAGCGAAAUAAUCUCAUUGGUAAUAUUUGUCUAGUUUCGCAAUAAAGUAUCGCACAGCCGUCCAAGAACGAAGGAAAUCACUCAGAGAAAAAGGAAAGUUUGUUUUAUCAGAUUUGAACAUAUCAGAAAUUGGAAUUUGAAAUGGCAGCUUAGAGCACUUGAUGAAAACGUGAAAUUGCCAACAUUAAUUAGAUAAACACUAAUAUUAGCUAUGAAUGAUCGGAUGCGGAUGAUACAGAUGAUGAGUGACUUGACUCCGAAUCUUUGGAAAAUCGAAAGCUGAGCAACGCCCACUGGAAUGGCUGUGGCAUGCAACGUGUGUGUUGAUUGAGUAUGAUGUGAUGCUUGGUUCUUGGUGCUGAAUAUUAUGCGGAUGACACUUGAGCACUGAAUGAAGAUUAUGAUAUAUAUGAAUUGGAAAAGUGUGAUGCUUGUCGAUGGUUGUUUAUGGGAGUGACUGAUGGUGGGAGGAGUACGUCUAGCAACAAACUUAAACAUGUCACGCCACUCAUUUAGCACAAAUUUCUACCUUUUAUACAUACCACCCACAUUUGUCAGUUUUACAAAGCGUAAGAGUAGUGUGUUUGGAACUGUGACUGAGUAAAUUUGUAUGUAACCAUUCCAAAAGCAAAUAUAAAUCAUUACAACAAUUGAGGGACUAACGAGUUUCUUACACCUAGCUGUUAAGAAGAGUGUUCAUGUCACUAGAGUAAGCCAGGGAAUUGGCGAACGGUUGAGGGGCAAGCUCCAAUAAAAAGGCAUGGUGGUGGAUGGACCCAUUUUUUGGCACCCCACUAUGCAAGCUAAGGGUUUUCAAUGGGCUUGCCCCUUGACCCGUGCCGUCUGUGCGAAUGGUCGUCGUCUGAUUUAAGCUUAAAACCCAAUAAACUAAAAACGCAACUGUAA